AUGGAGACAAGAGGGGGUGGGCAGGUGCAUAACAGCACCUGCUCUGAUGAAGCGGCAGAUGCAUUUGCUCAGGACACCACGCGCCGCUCAAAUCUGAUGUGUCGCGCGGUUGCCAAGGAAAGGUGCCAGCCCUGGACGAUUCCCGCCCGUCCUCGACCUCACAAAAGCGUCGGAGUAAGAGAAAUAGAUGAAGCCCUCUCCACUGGAGACACUCUCCUACCACAGGAACUCGACUGUGGUUUUUAUGGU